AUGAGAAACAGCGUGGGCCUAAUUUUCUGUUUAUUUUUUCUAAACCAAUUUGUAUGGGGGAACAAGGCAGAGACCGUCGACGCCGUCCAGAAUGUGGGGGCCAUAAAUUUGAAGAGGCCUACCUUGGGGAUGGUCCCGAGGGAGAGUCCUGGGGGGGUCGGUCAGGAGGUUAGUGACAGGGUUGCCAAGGAGGGUGUCCUUAGUGAUGACUUACCUGUCGUCACACUAGCCGCGGAAGAAUUGUCACCUGAAGUGGUCACCUCAGAAGAACCCCCCUCAGGUGAUUCUCCAUCCACCCUCGCAGUGGCAACUGAAGAAAACCAGAAUAAAGAAGCAGAGGAGACACUAACCCCAGCCCAUGCACAACCGUGCCCUGCAACCCCCGUCGAAGGUGUUGACGCUUCGGAUUCCGUAGUACCGGAAAAGGAAGGAACGUCCUUAGAACAGCAUCUCCCAGUGGGGACGGAAUGUCAGGACGAGGCCCACCCAGGAUGUUGCAGCGACUGUAGUGAACCUUGCUUACCUGGAUGCACAGAAUAUGAGAGCCAAUGCCCAGAUUGUGAAAGCGAAUGCUCAGAAUCUUGUAACGCUGAUGUUGUAUGUCCAGAGGACUGUUGCGUUGAUGGGAGCUGCAAAACCGCUCCUUGUUCAGGAGGCCCAGCAUGUGACGCAUGCCAGAGGGAAAAUGAAAAUCAGCCGAUAGACAAACCUGUGGAAGCUGGUGCUGCUAAUGCUGCUGGUGCUUCUGGUGCUGCUAAGGCAGCUGGUGCUUCUGGUGCUGCUAAUGCUGCUGGUGCUGCUGGUGCUUCUGGUGCUGCUAAUGCUGCUGGUGCUGCUGGUGCUUCUGGUGCUGCUAAUGCUGCUGGUGCUGCUGGUGCUUCUGGUGCUGCUAAUGCUGCUGGUGCUGCUGGUGCUUCUGGUGCUUCUGGUGCUGCUAAUGCUGCUGGUGCUUCUGAUGCUGCUAAUGCUGCUGGUGCUUCUGGUGUUGCUGGUGUUUCUGAUGGUUCUGGUGCUUCUGGUGCUGCCGAUGGUUCUGGUGUUGCUGGUGUUUCUGAUGGUUCUGGUGCUUCUGAUGGUUCUGGUGCUGUUGGUGGUGGUGCUGCUGCUGGUGGUGGUGCUGCUGCUGGUGGUGGUAAUGGUGCUGAUGCUUCAUCCGAGGAGGAGCAGAAAACCGAACAAAAUAAAGCUCCUUUGGCCAGUGAAGAAGCUGGAGAGAAGAAACAAAAAUCCCCAAUUGAAAACAACUCGAAUGAUGAGGAGGCCGACAAUGUGAUGCGUGAAAUAUUUAAUGAACCAGGAAAAAUUGAUCAUAGCGAAGAAGCCGUUUUGGAAGAAAAGGAGGAGGAAGGCCACGACAUGGUGGAUGAAAAUGGGCAACAAGAGAAGGGAGAAGUGUACGAAGAGGAGCAUACCGAGGAAGUUGCAGACAGUCAAGAGCAUGUCGAGGAACAAGAUGCGGAGUUUCCAUUCAAUGACACCGAAAGAGACAACAUCGCAAUCCGUAAUAUUAAAACAGAAACCGAGAAUUUAGUAGCCGACUUCUUGACCAUGCUGAACGUAGAUGACGGAAUCAGUCAAUCCCUUAAAAUGUUAGUACAAGACAUGGCUCAGUACUUUUUACAUCACUUGGACGCGAAAAAUUAG